UCGUAUGUUACCUUCGUGAACAAUGACUACAGACAAAGAGGUGCUAUAUACAGCUCUCUACGCCCACGUGUCUGUUUCGAUGUGUUUCACCUAGGAGCAGAGAAGAGGGGAACAGACUGACGUAACAUAGUCCCGGCAUCCUCCGUCGCCACAUCAUCCUCUUCUCAGCAGCAGAACGACCCUUCUCGGUGAAAGUGAACAGAAUAUACAGAGGACAGGCAGAGAGGAAACGGAAAAGAAACCAAAACGUAUAGACUAACGAUUCUCACAUGCUUGCUUUUGGUCGUAGUUGAUAAGGACCGCGCGCUUGAACUAGAAAUAAGCUACAUUAUAUUUUAGCCGAUGUUGUUACUAUUUUAGCGUCUAUAAACUAUUCAUUGUUUAUGUCAAGAGUAUAAACUGUAACACAUUGAGGUUUCAACAACUCGGAAAAUGCUACAAUCUCUAACUAGCAAUUCGUGUGUGCGGUUGAUACAAAGUCACAAAUCGACAUGGUAUUUUUUGCUUCUAGUCUUGGGAUAUAUUCUUUAUCUUAUAUUUGGAGCUGUUGUCUUUUCAUCGGUGGAACUGCCUUAUGAAGACCGGCUAAGACAGGAGUUACGAACCAUCAAAAAACUGUUCCUCCAGGACCACGAAUGUCUGUCGGAAGAACGCCUUGAGGAGUUUUUGGAGAAAGCGCUCGAGGCCAGUAACUAUGGAGUGUCCAUUCUCAAUAACGCAUCGGCAAAUUGGAACUGGGACUUCACCUCCUCGCUCUUUUUCGCCAGUACUGUAUUGUCUACCACAGGAUACGGUCACACCGCUCCGCUCUCCGACGGGGGUAAAGCUUUUUGUAUCGUCUACUCUGUGCUCGGCAUCCCCUUCACCCUGCUCUUCCUCACCGCCGUGGUCCAACGCAUCAUGAUCUUCAGCACACGCCGGCCCGUCAUGUAUGUGUCCACCCGCUGGGGCCUGUCCAAACCUUUGGUAGCCAUGGUCCACGCCACUCUCCUCGCCAUCCUGGCUGCUUCCUGUUUCUUCCUCAUCCCGGCGGCCAUCUUCUCCUCCCUAGAGGAGAACUGGAACUUCCUGGAGAGUUUCUACUUCUGUUUUAUAUCUCUCAGUACCAUCGGACUGGGAGAUUACGUACCAGGAGAGUCCUUCAACCAGAGGUUCAGACAGAUCUAUAAAGUGGGCAUCACUGUCUACCUCCUCCUGGGCUUGGUCGUGAUGCUGGUGGUUCUGGAGACGUUCUGUGAGCUGCAGCAGCUGAAGACCCUGAGGAAGAUGUUCUAUCUGAAGAAGGAGAAACCACAGGACCGCCUGGCUAUACUGGAGCACGACCAUCUGGCCUUCACCGCCGUGUCCCACCGGAACAACUCCACCUCGCUCAGGGAGGACAACACCAAGAACCUGCCCUUCGUUAGUGUCCCCGAGCUGGCCUCGCCCGGUGGGGACGACCCCAUGAUCGGCUAGAAAGGGGGUGGGGAUAGUUAAAAUGUUGGGGUGAAACUAGGGAAGGCCAAGGAGAGUAGAAGUGUAGUGAGGGGGGAGGGAUGGUGAAACUAAGGUUGCAAUCCAAUUCUCUAUCCUUCUUCUGAAGUGUGCACUUGAUCACUGCAUUUGUCACUAUACCCUGAUGAAGACAGCUUGUCUGUCGAAACGUUGGUUAUUAGGAUAUUAAAUUAUUGCAUCUGAGCCCCUGGGUGUGCAGCUUUCCUUUUCUUCUUCAAGUGUUCUACUCCGCUAGCCAGCACCUCGCCUAAACAAAUGUUCUACUCCGCUAGCCAGCACCUCGCCUAAACUCGUGUUCUACUCCGCUAGCCAGCACCUCGCCUAAACUCGUGUUCUACUCCGCUAGCCAGCACCUCGCCUAAACAGGUGUUCUACUCCGCUAGCCAGCACCUCGCCUAAACUCGUGUUCUACUCCGCUAGCCAGCACCUCGCCUAAACUCGUGUUCUACUCCGCUAGCCAGCACCUCGCCUAAACAGGUGUUCUACUCCGCUAGCCAGCACCUCGCCUAAACACGUGUUCUACUCCGCUAGCCAGCACCUCGCCUAAACUCGUGUUCUACUCCGCUAGCCAGCACCUCGCCUAAACAGGUGUUCUACUCCGCUAGCCAGCACCUCGCCUAAACAUGUGUUCUACUCCGCUAGCCAGCACCUCGCCUAAACAGGUGUUCUACUCCGCUAGCCAGCACCUCGCCUAAACACGUGUUCUACUCCGCUAGCCAGCACCUCGUCUAAACACGUGUGUCAACUCCACUAGCCAGCACCUCGUCUAAACACGUGUUCUACUCCGCUAGCCAGCACCUCGUCUAAACACGUGUUCUACUCCGCUAGCCAGCAUCUCGUCUAAACACGUGUUCUACUCCGCUAGCCAGCACCUCGCCUAAACACGUGUGCGUUUCUUUCUCCUCUUGAUCAAUGCCUACCAUCAAUUCUCUCCAGGUGAAUCUCUCUGUAACAUUAGCUGAAAAUCUCUCGGCCAAACUCUCCCCAAUCGAUGCUUACACCAAUUCAAUGCUUUUCAAUAAGAAGGGUAGAGAAUCGGGAUGCAGUCUAUGAAGGAAGGGAACGGUGAUACCGGGGUCUCAUAGGAGAGUAGAAGGGUAUUUCAGAGAAUUUCACAACUUAAGCUUCAGCAAAAGGAUACAUUUUAAAAACAAAAGCUUGACUUCAAACCACUGUUAGUAAUAUUGAAUACGAUAGUAUUGUAUCCCUUUAUCGUCCACGGGAACUUAACUAUCCCUCUUAAUGACACACAACAUGUAGCCUUCAUAUGUCUAGUUGAUGUGUACACUGGUUAACUUAACGAUAAGGGAAAUGUCUGCCUUACUAUUGGAGCUCCGUUCAUUGUCAGGAUCCUUGUUCAGAACAGCCUUGCUAUCUAUCUACUGUUCUUAUCUAGACUAUAUCCAUAUCUAUCAUGUUUUUAUGAACACGCUUAUAGUGAGUUAUGAUGCAGUCAUAAUGCGUUAUGAGCACAGUUAUAAACACAUAGAUAUGGGCUUCGUAGAAAGUUGAUAGAAAGUCCUACUAACUUGACAAUAGCACAGUUGGGAACAUUUAACAGGACAUCCACCUGGGAAAAUGGAAGCUAAUAUCACGUUAUACUGUUAGUCUGUACACAUAGUACUGCAUGUAGUUCUAAGGUAUAUUUUACAGGAGUGAACUGAAACGCAUGUAUUCAGGUUAACUGGAUCAGGUAUACAACCGUAGCACAUUUCAUCAUUGUGAAAUGCCCUGAAUAUGAAUUACAGUAAGAUGUUUAUUUGAUGCUAGUUUAAAGUACCAGUUGUGAUGUUAUGUUGAGGUAGUUAAAUGUUUCUUGACUAGUGCUGUACUGUCUGUACUUCUCACGUUAUUUAGUCUGAAGGAAAUGGACUUACUGUGUCUAAUGUGUGGCUUAUUGUAUGUUAAAGGGACGGUUAAGAAGGGAACACGAACAAAGCAGGUCUGAAUCAUGGUUCACUGCCAGAAGAAAUUAUGCUGUAUAGAACCAUGAAAGGUUCAGUGACUCAUCUCAUAAAGCACCUUAUUUUUAGCAGUGUAUUAUCAUCAAUCAUAUGACCACAGCAGGUUUCUGAACACCUUAUGUGAACCACUCAGAAAUAGGAAAUGACCGGGUUGAACAUUUUGGACCAAAAAUGAUUGGUUCUGGAAAGUACAAAAGUUAUGUCCUGAACUUCAGAUUUAAGUGAGAGGACAAAGAAGAACUGAAUUUAGAAGAAGUGAUGUUGUUGUUAGAAGACUUGCAGUGUGUUUACAGAUAUAGGAUCUUAAUUUGACCAGUAUUGUCACAGCAAAAUAAUCCUGCAGGAACAGGAUUUUAACAUUUAGUCCAUAAUGUUGCUUGAUUAGUGGUUAGGCUGGCCAAAAGUAGGCUACAUGAAAAGUGCAAUACUGUUAAUAUAACUGUGUUAGUGCGGGUUUUUAGUGAAUGUAUGUAAAUCACAAAGCUCAUCUGCAACAAAGAGUGAUCAAAUUAAGAGCCUACAUCUGUAAAGCUUCAGGACUGCUCUGUGACAGACAAGAAAAGUCAGAUUAUUUGAUACAGCAAAUCACUAUUUAAAAACAUGAUUAUAAACUAGCUUUGAACUAUUUUAGAAAGAGCUUAGUAUUUCUGGGGGAUGUUAAGAGGAGUGUUUACAAAUGUGUGUUUGUAAUUUAUGCAGAUGAUGAUUCUAAUAAAGGUACUCCGUGAGAGACUCAGAUUAACUUGACUAUAGAAAACACUGAUUGACAGCAGGCAGACAGGACUGCUUUACAGUACAAUGCAGUAGAAACAUUUCCCUGGACAACUCUUUAACUGAUUUGUAUUCAUUAUAAUGAAUUAACUGACAUAUAUUGCCCAAAUUAAGAUCUACAAAAAUCAACUAAAUUAAGAUUUAAGUUAAAAUGUACAGAAGGGAAUAUUCAUUUAUUUGCUUGUACGUAUUUGUCAUGUCAUCCUGUAUUUGAAACGUGUUUGUUUGAAGCAUACAUGUGAGUACAAGCUGACUUGUGGACAUCCUGGUAUUAUUAUUGUGGACAUCCUGGUAUUAUUAUUGUGGACAUCCUGGUAUUAUUAUUGUGGACAUCCUGGUAUUAUUAUUGUGGACAUUGUUACGGCUUUCUAGGUGUGGUGAAGGAGAGUCGGACCAAACUGCAGCGUGUAGAUUGCGAUCCAUGUUUAAUCAAACAAACGUAACACGAAUAAACACAAAACACUACAAAACAAUAAACGUAACGAAAACCGAAACAGCCUAUACUUGUGUCAACUAACAUAGCGACAGGAACAAAGACACUAAGGACAAUCACCCACGACAAACUCAAAGAAUAUGGCUGCCUAAAUAUGGUUCCCAAUCAGAGACAACGAUAAACACCUGCCUCUGAUUGAGAACCACUCCAGACAGCCAUAGACUUUGCUAGAUAACCCCACUAGCUACAAUCCCAAAUAGAUACACACCAAAACCCCAAGACAAAACACACCACAAUACAAAAACCCCAUGCCACACCCUGGCCUGACCCAAUACAUGAAGAAAAACACAAAAUACUAGACCAGGGUGUGACAGACAUACUGGUAUUAUUAUUAUUGUGGACAUACUGGUAUUAUUAUUGUGGACAUACUGGUAUUAUUAUUGUGGACAUACUGGUAUUAUUAUUGUGGACAUACUGGUAUUAUUAUUGUGAGCAUACUGGUAUUAUUAUUGUGAGCAUACUGGUAUUAUUAUUGUGGACAUACUGGUAUUAUUAUUAUUGUGGACAUACUGGUAUUAUUAUUAUUGUGGACAUACUGGUAUUAUUAUUGUGGACAUACUGGUAUUAUUAUUGUGGACAUACUGGUAUUAUUAUUGUGAGCAUACUGGUAUUAUUAUUGUGGACAUACUGGUAUUAUUAUUAUUGUGGACAUACUGGUAUAAUUAUAACUAACACAGACUAUACAUGUAUCAACACAACUCAAUCAUACUAUACAUUUUUCAUUUGGGACUGACUUCUUAGACCACAAGAACCCAUCUAAUUGUUUUGUACCAGACAGGAACUGCUGUUCGUUCUUGAGAAUAUAGACGUUUUAUUUGAACAUAUGUUUGUAUUAUGUUGUACGGAAUUAUGUUUUAUCAAUCAUA